AUUUGUCGAGUUUAGCUGACCUGUUUACGGUUUAUAUUCUUGUGCGAAUCUAGUUGCUGUUUUUGUUCUUUUCAAAACCGCUGCAUGCUUCAAUUGUUUUUCUAAGCGUGCAGUUUACACGUGAGCGGACGAGCUCUUCACAGUGAACUUCUUGGUUUCUUUUGCACAACCUACCUGAGUUGUGUUUCCGCUCUGCACGCCUCCACUACUCUCCACCAUGGAUUUGUUUUGGAUUGUGGGCUGCGUUGUGAGCGUCUGCGCCUGGUUUGCUUCAGCGGAGCGACACAGCGUCUACUGGAACAGCACCAACCCAAAGUUUCUAUGGGACGACUACACCGUUGAGGUCAAGCUCAAUGACUACCUGGACAUCGUCUGCCCCCAUUACCCAGAGGGUGAGGUGCCAUUGCUGGAUGCUGAGCGAUACGUGCUCUACAUGGUGGAGCGCGAGGACUUCGACACCUGCAAGCCUCAGUCAUACGACCAGAUGCGUUGGGAAUGCGGCCAUCCGUUUGCUCCUCACGCCGCUGAAAAGUUCUCGGAAAAGUUCCAACGUUUUACUCCGUUUACUCUGGGAAAGGAGUUCCGCCAAGGAGAAAGCUACUAUUAUAUCUCCAAACCUUUGCAUCACCAUGGAAAGGAGUGCCUCAGGCUCAAGGUGGACGUUGUAGCUGUUGAUGGCUCUCAAGAAGCCAGAGUGGCUAAAGGAGGCACAGGUGGGGCUGCAGAUGGAGCCGGGGGCGGGGUUCACAACCCGACCAACAGACUGCCUGCAGCAGAUGACCCAGUGGUAGUCCUGCCAGACGUCCUGAAGAGUGCACGGUCCAACUCUGUAGUGACCGCUUCAUCCUUCACAAUCCUCUCAUUGCUAGUGCCAUUUUCAUUACUGCUAUUGUUGCACUGAGAGGACAUGAAAGAACUGCUGUUUGCAGACUUUUUUUUUCAGGGACUACAAUGAAGACAGUCCGUGGGGAUGAAACCACUGAUUCAAAAAGACAGUUUUCCAUGCCCAGUGCUGGCCACUGGGAAAGACUUUUGAAGCUUGUAAAGUACAGAUGGACUCUAACAGAUGGAGUAACUCCUGAGACAAAGUAUGUGUGCUGCCUAAUUUUUUAAAGUGACAGUAUUUUUUUUCUUGGAAAAGCUCUCCUUUUUUUUUUUUAAGGGCUCAUUCCAAAAAAAACAUGAACUUCUUUGGAUGGUAACCCUAAAUGAUAAUAGGAAGACGCUGAAGAGGAACCAGAAGAAUAAUCAAGAGCAACUCUCUUUUGAGUGAUAUAGAUGUAGGCAGGAUGUAUCCACGUUCAAUGGAAAAGUUAUCUCCUUCCUUUGAGCCAAAGAUCAGUCAUCUCUCCAGCUUGUACACUAUUCCACCCUUGAGUAUUGUGUACUAUUUGUUGUAUUGUUAUUGUAAUGGUAUUGAGUGGCAUUGAUGUCCCAAGUGAUUAAUUUCUCUAAAUGUAGCAUCGACAGACACACGGGCUCGUCUUAUGACUACCAUUCCUUUGCGAACUUGACCAUGUGCUUUUACUGUAGCACUAAUACCACACAGUACACCAACACCAACACACACUCCAUAGCUGUGUUACGCACAGACAAACACACACUGACAUCAGUUGACAUUAAACAUUAAAGUACACUACAUUUAACUGUGUUAUGUGUACAUUCUGUGAAGAUAAUUUAUAACAUUUGCAGCUGAGAAGUUUACUGUAUAUACCAUGUGCUCCCAAAAAGAAAUGUUUACUGUUGGCAACCAGGGGACUUUUUCUUAUUUUUGUUCCUGGUAGAGUUAGUACUUGUGUGAAAGAAAAACUGUGUGAGAGUAAAGAAAAAAUGGAGCAAUUGAUUUGAGUGGUGAGACAAAACGUUUUUCUGCCAAAAGCAAACACUGAGAUGUGUGUGUGCGUGUGUGCAUAUAUGUGUGUGUGUGUGCAGAGAGGCUGGACUUCUCUAUUUGUUGGAUCUUUGCCGCUGUAUUAGUUAAGCUGCCUGACAUGAAGUGCUGGUAUCUUUUAUUACUACAGGACCUAACCCUGUGUGUCACGGUGCUUUCAUUCAUAUAUUGAACACAAGCAUAUACAUCUAAAAAUACAAAGUUAACUAGACAUUCAGAAUAAUCAAAACCGUAAUUAAGGAUAUGAACAACAGGUUCAUAACAGACAAGACAAGGCAUCAAACCGAGUUGCCAAGCACAACUUCACCCGACAGGCUGGCUUGAUCAACAAAGCACAACAGUGUAUGACCAUUAAAGUUACUCUUUUUUUAAAUCUGAAUUCUUGUUACCUAAUUUUGUACAUGUGUAAUUAAGAAAAGUGUAUAAUAUGUAUAUAUUUAUAUAUAUAUAUAUAUAUAUAUAUAGAAGAUUAUAUAAAAAGACCUGUUUCAUAAAUAUGCUAAAUGUGAAAAUUACAUGUGAAAUAAAAAAAGAUAUUUUUGGAAAACCA